AUGCCGACAUCGAUGAAAAACGCCUCUCCUGACACUCCAGGAUUCUACCCUUGGGAAGAUCGACAUAGUGAGACCCUCAUCACGGGCAUCAUUGAUCUCGUCAUGCUACACAAGAAGGAACUCUAUCGUUUGCCUGGAUUGGCUGGCGAGGUCGACGGACAUGGAGCCGACAGAAUUCGAAGUAAGGUCGAGCAGAUUCUCAAGAAGCUGGCGGUGGAUCAUGGACUCAGCCAAGGAGUCGUGAAAGGGAAUGGACAGCGCGGGAUAAAGACAGACCAGGCUGCAGAGACGAAGAAGCGAAAGAGACCUGUGUGA